AUGAAGUUUAACCUGUUCAGGAAGCCCCAGGCGGUGGCGGCCCCGGAGCCCACUGGGACCACCACACAGACCAUGGCCCCUCCCACUCCAGGAGUCAUUUCCACCACAGCAGAGGCCAGCCCGGGCUCCAACAACACUGAGAUCAGCAAGAAUGACAUGUUUGAAGAAAUCAAGACCAAAUUUAUGAAUGAAAUUGAUAAAAUCCCAUUACCUCCUUGGGCUCUGAUUGCUAUCGCCGUGGUAGCUGCUCUGCUCAUCCUCACCUGCUGCUUCUGCAUCAUCAAGAAAUGCUGCAAAAAGAAGAAGAAGAAAGGCAAGAAGGGCAAAGAUGGCAUGAACAUGAAGAACAUGCAGGGUGGUGAGAAACACCAGGAUGACGAUGAAGAUGAGGGAGAGACUGGACUGACAGAGGAGGAAAAGGAGGAAGAGGAGAAGGAGCAGGAGCCUCUGGGGAAACUGCAGUACUCCAUUGACUAUGACUUUGAGAACACAAAGUUAACCAUCGGGAUCCUACAGGCUGCUGACCUCAUGUCCAUGGACUCUGGUGGGACCUCCGAUCCUUAUGUCCGAGUGUGUCUGCUUCCUGACAAGAAGAAGAAGUUUGACACUAAAGUCCACAAAAAAACACUCAACCCUGUCUUCAAUGAGACAUUUGUAUUUAAGAUUCCGUAUGAGGAGCUGGGUGGGAAGACUCUGUGCAUGUCUGUCUAUGACUAUGACCGCUUCUCCAAACAUGACGUGAUUGGAGAGGUCAAGCUGCCCAUGAACACCAUCGACCUGGGCAGGCCUAUCGAGGAGUGGAGGGACUUGGAGAGCGCUGACCAGGAAGAGCCUGAGAAACUUGGAGACAUCUGCAUCUCCCUUCGUUAUGUCCCCACCGCGGGCAAACUUACUGUGUGUAUCCUGGAGGCCAAGAACCUGAAGAAGAUGGAUGCCUGUGGAUUGUCAGAUCCAUAUGUAAAGAUCCAGCUGCUGCAGGGAGGCAAGCGACUGAAGAAGAAGAAGACCACAGUGAAGAAGAACACCUUAAACCCGUACUACAAUGAAUCAUUCAGCUUUGAGAUCCCACUGGAACAGAUGCAGAAAAUCUUGGUGGUUGUCACAGUGUUCGAUUAUGACAAAAUCGGUAAGAACGAUGCCAUUGGGAAGAUCUUUGUGGGCAGCAAGGCCACAGGGUUAGGUCUGAAGCACUGGUCUGACAUGUUGGCCAACCCCCGGAGGCCCAUCGCACAGUGGCAUGCGUUACAGCCCGAGGAGGACAUCGACGGUCAGCUGGCAGCACUCAAUGCUAAGAAGUAA